AUGUCUUCAUGCCAUACCUCAGCAUCCACGAUGUUUAUUAGUCCCAAAUCUUCUUCAAUUCUACGCAAAAACCCAUUUUUCUUAGGUAGGAAUCUACGUGGUUCUGUGAAAUUCCGGUGCGUUUUGGAUCAAAUAGUUCCGAAAUUCGCGGUUUUGUCGUCUUUGAGCCCCAUUCUUACUUCCGGCAACGUGAUCGCCGCGGCAGCGUCUGCCGGGUCAGGUUCUGUCCAUGGAGCGGUGACGUCAGCAAUUACCCAAGUGGCUGUCACAGCGGUGGCGAUUGCUUCCGGGGCCUGCCUCUCCACGAAGGUCGACUUUCUGUGGCCUAAAGUGGACGAGCAACCCGGAUCUCUCAUUCUGGAUGGUGUAGACGUCACAGGGUAUCCCAUAUUUAAUCAUGAAAAGGUGCAAAAGGCAAUUGCAUUUGCAAGGAAAGCUCACCAUGGUCAGUUGAGGAAGACAGGAGACCCCUAUGUAUCACAUUGUAUUCACACGGGAAAAAUCGUAGCUGUGUUAGUUCCAUCAAAUGGUAAAAAGGCUAUCGAUACAGUUGUGGCCGGAAUCCUCCAUGAUGUGGUUGAUGAUACAUGUGAAAGUUUGGGUAGCAUAGAGAGAGAAUUUGAUGCUGAUGUUGCAAAGUUGGUAGCUGGAGUUUCCAGACUAAGUUAUAUCAAUCAGUUAUUACGGAGGCACCGCAGAAUGAAUGUGAGUCAAGCAACGCUCAGCCAUGAUGAGGCAAAUAAUGUGCGAGUGAUGCUGCUAGGCAUGGUUGAUGAUCCACGUGUUGUUCUUAUAAAGCUUGCAGAUCGUCUUCAUAAUAUGAGAACAAUAUAUGCACUUCCUUAUGCCAAAGCUCAAGCUGUAGCAGAGGAGACAUUAGCUAUUUGGUGCUCGCUUGCUUCCAGAUUGGGUUUGUGGGCUCUAAAAGCUGAACUUGAAGACCUGUGCUUUGCCGUUCUUCAGCCCAAAAUUUUUCGCCAACUUCGGGCUGACCUGGCUUCCAUGUGGAGCCCCACAAACAAGGCAAGCAAUCUGAGAAGAAUAUCUGCAAAAUCCAGUGCCGUUGAACGAUAUCCUGAACUUGAAGAACCUCAGGAAGGGGAGGAGGAAAAAUUGAGCAUGAAGGUUCUUUUGCAAGCUGUACUUCCUUUUGAUCUCUUAUCAGAUAGGAAAAAACGUACAAUUUUUUUUAAGAAUCUUGAGACAUGUUCGGAUACACCAAAAAAGCCAAAGGUUGUGAGGGAUGCCGGCAUUGCUCUAGCAUCUCUUGUUGUUUGUGAGGAAGCACUUGAGCGGGAAUUAUUUAUAUCAACAUCUUAUAUUCCAGGAAUGGAAGUUACUUUAUCUGGACGCCUAAAAAGCUUGUACAGCGUAUAUAGCAAGAUGAAAAGAAAAGACGUUGGCAUCAACAAAGUAUAUGAUGUCCGUGCGCUGAGGGUUAUUGUUGGAGAUAAGAACGGGACUUUGCAUGGACAGGCAGUUCAGUGUUGUUACAAUCUCCUUAAUAUUAUACACCGACUUUGGACCCCUAUUGAUGGUGAAUUUGACGAUUACAUUGUUAACCCCAAACCAAGUGGCUACCAGUCACUGCAUACUGCAGUACAAGGUCCUGACAACUCUCCUUUAGAAGUUCAAAUACGAACACAGAGGAUGCAUGAAUAUGCUGAACACGGACUUGCUGCACAUUGGCUUUACAAGGAAACUGAGAAUCUAUUGCCCUCCAAGAGUAGUGUGGUUGAUUCUGAAAUAAUGGUUUCCUCAGAUUUCCCAAACGAAAUAGAAGAUCAAUGUUCUGCUGAGAAUGAUCCAUUCAUAAAAUAUAGAGCAUUGAAAUCUGGACAUCCAGUUCUCAGAGUGGAAGCAGGUCACUUGCUUGCUGCAGUUAUUGUCAGAGUUGACAACGAGGGAAGAGAAUUGCUUGUUGCUGUAAGCUUUGGACUAGCAGCUUCUGAGGCAGUAGUUGACAGAAGAUCUUCUUACCAAAUAAAAAGAUGGGAAGUUUAUGCAAGUUUAUAUAAAAAGGUUUCCGAUGAGUGGUGGUGCCAACCGGGACACGGGGAUUGGUGUACCUGCUUGGAAAAGUAUACCCUUUGUCGAGAUGGUAUAUACCACAAGCAAGAUCAAUUUCAACGACUAUUGCCAACAUUUAUCCAAGUCAUUGAGUUGACAGAACGGGAAGAAACUGAAUACUGGGAUGUUGUCUCGGCUGUUUUUGAGGGCAAAACUAUUACUUCUGAUGUAUCCAACUCAAUUUAUGAGGAGAGGUCUAUUUUCAACUCCAACUCAACUCUGGUGGACAAUGGCAUCAACAAUAAGGUGCAGCUGUUGAGGACAAUGCUUCAAUGGGAAGAGCAACUGCGCUCCGAAGCUGGGCUUCGACAACUUAACCUUGGUGCAAGGAAGUACGUGAAUGGAGACUCAGUUUCUCUUGAUGAAGUGGCGAUUGUAUGUUGGCCCCAUGGGGAGAUAAUGAGAUUGAGAACUGGGAGCACGGCUGCUGAUGCUGCUAGAAGGAUAGGAUUUGACGGAAAACUAGUUUCAGUGAAUGGGCAGCUGGUAUUGCCCAACACAGAGCUCAGGGAUGGUGACGUAGUUGAGGUCAGAAUGUAA